AGUUGUGUAGCUGCUCUGGCUCCUAGCAGAGGGCUGGUGUGGCCCUCGGCUCGCCCCCUCCCCGUUUAAAUCUUGCGCUUGGCCUGCUCUUCCUCCGCGCCAUGGCGGGCAUCCUCUUCGAAGACAUCUUCGACGUGAAGGAUAUCGACCCCGAGGGCAAGAAAUUCGACCGGGUUUCCCGGCUGCACUGUGAGAGCGAGUCCUUCAAAAUGGAUCUGAUCCUCGAUGUGAACGUACAGAUCUAUCCAGUUGAUCUUGGAGACAAAUUUCGCCUUGUGAUAGCCAGCACUUUGUAUGAAGAUGGGACAUUGGAUGAUGGCGAAUAUAAUCCUACGGAUGAUAGACCCUCCAGGGCGGACCAGUUUGAAUAUGUGAUGUAUGGGAAGGUGUACAGGAUUGAGGGUGAUGAGACAUCAACAGAAGCAGCCACACGCCUCUCUGCCUACGUCUCCUAUGGCGGCCUGCUCAUGAGACUCCAGGGAGAUGCCAACAACUUGCACGGCUUUGAAGUGGAUUCAAGGGUCUACCUCCUCAUGAAGAAAUUAGCCUUCUGACCUGCUCCUGCCACCAGACGGUUGGAGGCUCCAUUAGCAGCUUGGAACAUUACAGAAAAUAACACAGAUCUGUUUUCUUUCCUCUGCCUCACAGAGGCAUAUGGAGCAAAGCUUAGUGAUGACUUAGAAGGAUCCUUCUAAGGUUCUCCACUGCCUUGUCAGCCACAAGAAUGACAACCUUUCUCCCUCCCAUUUUCCCAGGGCUCUUUGAGUUAGGAAGUAGCUGCCAGGCUACCUGGCAUCCUUCCUCAUGAAGCUAAGCAGUCAUAUUUCCAGGCACCGGAAACU